AUGGCGGAUCAUUCCAGCGCAGGAGAUCACCUUCUGCCUAAGGUAGACGGGCAAGGGCCAACAGCGCCAGCUCCUGAGCCUCGGCUCGCCAAAGCGACUACAGGACAGCCGCAGCAACCGCAGUCGGCCGGAUAUCAGCCGAUCCCAACUGUAUCAGACAACUCAAAUGAAGAUCAACACGCAGCAGACGGGGUCGCGGGAGAGCCGGAGUCUGAACAUGCAUAUCGCACGCAGGAGGUGAAAAAGCAAGAAAACGCUGGGUCUGCGACAGACACACAAGAGGCCGAGAAGAAGGACGACGAGGCAAAGAAAGCAGCACAGCUUGAGGCAGAAGCAGACAAGUUAAACCAGACAACGGUGACGGCAGUGAACUAUGACACCCACGGUCUCACUACUGGUCAGGUAGAAGAACUCAGAAAGAAUUAUGGCUGGAAUGAAGUGCACCCGCGGCAGAUACCUGAGUGGAUGAAAGUGCUCAAGAAAUAUCUCUCGCUCGUACCCAUGAUCUUGGUCGUUGCGGCGCUUUUCGCUGUCUGCGUGGAGGAGGAGAACAUGCGAGACUGGUUUUCCUUUGCUCUCUUACUUUUUUUGGACAAUUUAAUGGUGUGGGCUGACUACAUUGGUCAGCGGUCAGCGCACAACGCCAUCGCAGCGGUUGAAAAGCUCGGGGCCCCAAUCUGCAAAGUGAAAAGGGAUGGAUCAUGGCAGGACCGACAGGUGAGGGAACUUGUGCCAGGCGACAUCGUCUACCUCAAGGCCGGCGUCAUAAUGCCGGCUGAUGGGUUAUUCGUCACAAACGGCGCAACAGUGACGGUUGAUGAAUCCGCCCUUACAGGGGAAUCCAUUCCCCUCCGAAAGCACCCGGGGGCACGUCUCCUUUCUGGUUCGGUUGUACAGAAGGGUGAGGGGGAGAUGCUUGUUACGCAAACAGGAAAUGAGUCCUUCUACGGCAAGACCUUGGCGCUCCUUGCACGGGCUGAGCAACCAGGUCAUCUGCAAACAGUACUGCAUAGAACGCAGCUGUUCAUCACCUUCAUCGCUGCAUGCUUCGCUUUAUUCCUUUUUUUCUGGCAGUCCUUUCAUCCUGACUGGAAACAGAUGAUCCCUGAAAGGCGGUGCAUUAUCGCACUCAAACGCGCUUUCAUUCUGGUUGCGUCCGUUGUGCCAGCCGCUAUGCCCGUGGUCACGACAACGGUGCUGUCUGUGGGGGCGCUUACAAUCACGAAGCAGCACGCGGCUGUUUCGCGCCUCUCAGCCAUCGAGGAGGCAGCAGGAGUCGUGAUCCUGUUCAGUGACAAGACGGGCACCCUAACAAAAAAUCAGCUCUCCCUGUUCACUGAGGAGUGCACGGUGGAGCCAGGUUACGACGAGAAAACCAUGCUUCUGUACGCGAGCCUCUGCAGCGAUACUCGGGACCCUGAGCCGAUUGAUCGGACGCUAAACGGCGCGACGGACAUGGUCGAGCGCGCAAAGUACAAAAUUCUCGACUAUGUACCGUUCAAUCCCGUGGACAAGAGGAGCGAGGCAACUGUAGUCGCCCCGGACGGGAAGAAAUUUCUGACUACGAAAGGAGCCCCCCAAGUCGUCAGGGACCUGGUCUGCUACGAAGAUAUGCAGCUUAGGGAGCGUUUGAAUGAAAUGAUAUUAGCGAAAGCAAAACGCGGAUUGAGAACCCUAGGUGUUGCUGUGAAACCGCUCCACGAAGGUGUCGCUCCUGAGGCAGCGCGCUGGAAGCUUGUUGGCUAUGUCUCGUUGUAUGAUCCCCCUCGUGAAGACACCGCGGACACAAUCAAGAAGGCAAACGAACUGGGUAUUCGGGUGAUUAUGAUUACUGGCGAUCAGCAGGCCAUCGCAAUUGAAACUGCGAAGCAGCUUCAUAUUGGUACUAACAUCGUGGGCCCCGAGAUUUGGGAAGAAGAAAAACAGACAGGGAAAAUACAGGGCAAGUCACUAGCUGAAUUCAUCGAAGGUGUUGACGGUUUCUCGGGCGUGUUUCCAGAGCACAAGUUUGCAAUAGUCAAUGCGAUGAUGGAUGCACACAAGUUAGUAGCAAUGACAGGAGAUGGAGUUAACGAUGCCCCGGCGUUGAAGCGGGCGACUGUUGGCAUCGCGGUCAGCGGGGCGACCCAAGCAGCAAGAGCAGCAGCCGAUAUCAUUUUGUUUGCCCCUGGAUUGAAAACCAUUAUUACUGUCAUGUCGCUAUCAAGACAAAUCUUCAAGCGCGUUGAGUCUUACAUUAUUUUCCGUAUCUAUACUAGCUUGAUUAUUCUGGGUAUGUGGUGGGGAAAUAUCGUCAUCCUGCGCUACCAGUUCCCUGCUUGGAUUCUUGUUCUUUUGUCAAUGAUUAACGACUUCGUUCUCAUGAGCUGCUCUCACGAUAGGGUCUCAACCUCCAGGACACCAAUGAUUUGGUCUAUGAUGCGUGUAAUUUUUCUCUCCAUGUGGCUGGGCUUGUUGGCGACAAUUUCUAUAAUGUUAUAUGUGGUCUUUGCAGAUCCCUCACACAACGUUAACUGGUGGCCUCGGUGGGGAUUACCGGACUUUCACAAUGACUGGCCUGUCCCCAUUUCCAAACACUUCAUGAGCUAUCAAACCAAUGCAGGGGUAUGGCUAUUGAUGACGGUUCUCAUCCAGUUUUCAUUCCAGAGCGUGCGAACCCGUGGAGUCUUUUGCAGUUACGGUGUGAACAAUCAGUUUCCAGCACUCAUUAUCAUCAUUCCUCAAGUGUGCGCCGUGCUUGUGACGAUCUUUCUUUCAGUAUACUGGAAGAUUGCAUGGAGGCCGGCAGCCGGACCUCGCAUGGUUGGUCUCGAUUGGGGUCAAGCGUGGGUAACGAUAUUUUGGGGCCUUCUGUGGUUUUUUGUGAUGGAUGUAACAAAAAUCGGUUUUUAUAAGUAUGUAUGGCCUCCGGUAGAACGCAGUCCAACGUUCAAAGCCCUGACAGCGGAGGGACCGUGUCAGCAAGAGAUCGAGAACGACAACAUAGCAAAGAAAGUAAUGCGUAAUACAAUUAACUUCCUGAGACAACGAGAGGCUGACAUGAGCAAGUUCGAAGACAAGGUGGAAGACGCGUUCCUAGCAGCGAUCACGAACUUCGGUGAAGUUAGCAAGAAGGCGCAUGCGAGAAGCGGACGCGCUGCGGAUAAGCAGCGACAAGCUCCUGCAUUACCAAAGGGGAGAACCGCGACUAUGCAAAUAACAACUAAAGAUAAGGCGGCCCCCUUCCAUGUUAGUAUCGACAAAAAGGCGUCAGCGGCUCAAGGUGACUCUGAAGAGGCCAAGGCUGUGAACACUGAAGUUGGAGUCCGAAUACCGGUUAACGUUAGCGAAGGGGCGGACGCUUUGGAUGCCGCGGGCGCAUCGGAAGAUCAUGACCUGGAGCGAGGGAAUAUGAAGCCCCCGACGACGCACUAG